CUCUCCACUUUUCCACGUCUCAAAAGCACGGCGAGUGCCUCAACCUCCCCCGAUGGUCAGGCAAUUGUUGCACCUUUUUCACCUUUUCAUAACUGCCAACAAUGGAAGACCAAACAUCAACUCUUGUCACAGAAACAGUGCUUCUUGUCUUCGUCUCCAGACAAGCGAAACUAAUUCCAAGACCUAGGAGACGUUAAACGAAAAGCCAAGCCCCCAAUCGAUAAAGAAACUUCCCUCUUUUUUCUCUGCCCUUAUCUUUCUCUAUCUGUGCAUGCUCAUGAACCAGACAAUUUGUCUCAUUCGUGUGCUGCUGUUAUCAUUACCCAUGUGGGUUUUGGUUUUCUCGUUGCUCUCCUUCGCUUUUGCGGCGAAUUCUUACUCUCCCGUCGUUUUCGAUUCUUCUGGGUCUGCCGACGAAAUCCCUAUUUCUCAGGCUUCUGCAAGAAUGGAAGCUCAGGCUCCGGGCUCUUCUGUGGUGAGAGUAGUGCAUCAUCAGGACUUGAACAAGAAGAUUCUUGUAGCUCUUAUCAUCUCAUCAGCUCUCCUUGGCGCUACGCUGAUGUUCCUCUUUUACUUCUUGAUAUGGAGGUACAGAAUUCUGAGGAAUUCAAGUCCUGCAAUCAAGCAAAAGUCUGACCCUGUGAAGAGUGCUUCCUCGAAACCGAUUAUGCACAGGCUUGAUUCUUUAAGGAAGGGUGCGAUACCCGUAUAUGAAUACCAACUGUUGGAAGCGGCAACCAACAAGUUCAGUGAUAGUAAUGUGUUGAGCCGAAAUGGUAGGGGAUGUGUUUACAGAGCGUCUUUAGAGGAAAAGACCAAUGUGUCUGUGAAGAGGCUAGAUGGUGGAGAACCAAACAUUGAGAAAGAAUUGGAGACUGAAAUCAAUUGGUUGACCAAGAUCCGGCAUCAGAAUAUAAUUUCCCUUGUGGGGUAUUGCACACAUGGGGAAACGAGAUUUCUUUUGUAUGAGAUGAUGCAAAAUGGAUCUCUGGAAAGUCAGUUGCACGGGCCUAGUCACGGUUCAGCCUUAACUUGGCAGCUAAGGAUGAAAAUCGCGGUUGAUAUAGCAAGAGGAUUAGAAUAUCUUCAUGAGCAUUGCCAUCCUCCUGUUGUUCAUAAAGAUCUAAAGUCGUCUAAUAUCCUUUUGGACUCCGAAUUCAACGCAAAGAUUUCAGAUUUUGGCCGUGCCAUGACAUUUGGGACACACGGCAAGAGCCUGAAGUUGUCCGGAACCAUGGGAUGUGGAGCAUCUGAGUUGCCUCUAGAAGGCAAAGUCACAGAUAAGACGGAUGUGUAUUCCUUCGGGGUGAUACUUCUAGAGCUUCUCCUCGGGAGAAAAUCAGCGGAAAACCCAUCAGCCGAACACCAAUCCUUCACUUCCUGGGCUGUACCUAAGCUCAGUGACAGAGCCAAUCUUCCAAACAUCUUGGAUCCUGCAAUCAAAGGCACCAUGGACUUGAAGCAUCUGUAUCAGGUUGCUGCAGUGGCAGUGCUAUGUGUGCAGUCUGAGCCGAGCUAUAGACCACUGAUAACAGAUGUCUUGCAUUCUCUCAUCCCUCUUUUACCAGUAGAACUCGGUGGAUCCUUGAGAAUUUCAUGAUCUUUUGAUUUUUUCUCAUAACCAGUUCGUGUCUGUAUAAAUAUCAAAGAUUUGCUGGCUCUCUGUUUCUUGUUUCUUGAUUUCAAUGGCUGUUUGUACACAAAUGUUACAUGAUUGUCGAUGUUAGUUUCUACACGGUUUUAUGUGUGGAACUUAUCUAUUAUACCUGGAUUCUGACACUA